AGUGUCAACGAGGCUAACGUAACUAGUUGAACGGAAGAGGACAAUAGUGGAGGACAUUACUUGUAAUGUCAAAUUAAUAAACUCUUGUCGUCAAACGUUUGUCAUCACCUAAUCAGAAAUGUUUGCUCUUUCAACUUCCCUACAGCCGCAGGUGACAGUCCAGCUGAGUCACUUGAUCAAUGCCCUGAAAGGUUCAGUAAGCAGCAGUACUUCAGCUAGUCACAAACACAGAGAGAACACAACUGAACCAGAUCAAAACAGCACAGAGCCAUCAUGGAGAUUGACGGAUUUAGGUGUGACAGAUAUAGGGAUCGGUCAGUUGAAUGAUCUGGUGGAGAGGCUUCUGCCCUGUGUGACUCCCAGUGAAUCUUCUUCACCCCUGGGGACUUCACCCAAUAUCUGGAGGACUUCCCAUCUCUCAUCAGAUUCUUUUUUUCUCAACAAACAUGGGUUUUCAAGAAUGGGUGGCGGUACUCCCUUGUUCUCAAAGCAGAACAAAUCACCUCUCCAAACACUGUGCACAGACCUCAAAUAUUUGCCAUUGUUGGUCCCAAAUCGAGGCUUUAAAACUCUGAAGUCCCGAACACGUCGUCUGCAGGGAGGCUUUGAUAGUCCAGUGGAGCCUGAAGGAUUUACACCAUCCUUUAUGAAGGGCUUCCUCACACGAGACAAAGGCUCAGAUGUUGAAACUCUGGACAAGCUCCUUAAAAACAAAAAUAUACCUGAUGGUCAGCAUGAUGCUUUUAAAACUGGUUUUGCAGAAGGUUUCCUCAAAGCUCAGGCCCUAACACAGAGAACACAAGAAUCAUUGAGGAGGACACGGCUGAUUCUGUUGGUGCUCUUGUUGGUCGGCCUAUAUGGGCUCUCAAAAACACCUUUCUUAUCAGUGCGAUUCCGAACCACAUCAGGCCUGGACUCUGCAGUGGACCCUGUCCAGAUGAAGAAUGUCACCUUCGAGCAUGUGAAGGGAGUGGAGGAGGCCAAGAAUGAGUUACAGGAGGUGGUGGAGUUUCUCCGCAACCCACAGAAGUUCACUGUUUUGGGAGGAAAGCUGCCUAAAGGUAUUUUGUUGGUGGGGCCUCCGGGUACAGGAAAGACCCUGCUGGCUCGUGCUGUUGCAGGCGAGGCAGAUGUGCCGUUCUACUAUGCGUCUGGCUCAGAGUUUGAUGAGAUGUUUGUUGGGGUCGGUGCCAGUCGAAUCAGAAACCUUUUCAGAGAGGCAAAAAGUAACGCUCCUUGUGUCAUCUUCAUUGAUGAGCUGGAUAGUGUCGGAGGCAAGAGGAUUGAGUCUCCCAUGCACCCCUAUUCUAGACAGACUAUCAAUCAGCUUCUAGCUGAGAUGGAUGGGUUUAAGCCAAAUGAAGGCGUCAUCAUAAUUGGUGCAACAAACUUCCCCGAAGCUUUGGAUAAUGCUCUGAUCCGGCCAGGUCGCUUUGAUAUGCAGGUCACCGUCCCCAGACCAGACGUGAAGGGCCGUACCGAAAUUAUUAAGUGGUACCUCAAGAAAAUCAAAGUGGACUCGGCUGUGGAGGCUCAGGUCAUUGCGAGAGGAACAGUGGGCUUCUCUGGUGCUGAGCUGGAGAAUCUUGUUAAUCAGGCUGCGCUGAAGGCAGCAGUGGAUGGAAAGGACAUGGUGACCAUGAAGGAGCUGGAGUUUGCCAAGGACAAAAUACUGAUGGGUCCAGAGCGCAGGAGUGCAGUGAUCGAUAAGAGGAAUAAAGAGAUCACAGCAUACCACGAGUCAGGACAUGCAAUUAUAGCAUACUACACCAAAGACGCCAUGCCCAUAAAUAAAGCCACAAUUAUGCCAAGAGGUCCCACUUUGGGUCAUGUGUCAAUGCUUCCAGAGAAUGACCGCUGGAGCGAGACGCGCGCUCAACUGCUGGCUCAGAUGGAUGUCAGCAUGGGCGGCAGGGUGGCGGAGGAGCUCAUCUUUGGCAAUGAGAAUAUCACCACCGGAGCUUCAAGUGAUUUUGACGGUGCUACAAAAAUAGCCAAAAUGAUGGUGACCCGAUUUGGCAUGAGUGAAAAGUUGGGAGUCAUGACGUACACCGACCUUACCAAACAGAGCCCAGAUACACAGGCAGCCAUUGAACAUGAAGUCCGGACACUUCUGAGGGAUUCCUAUGAGCGUGCUAAAGUGCUCUUGAAGUCUCAUGCAAAAGAGCACAAAAAUCUGGCCGAGGCUUUACUGCAGUAUGAGACUCUUGAUGCAAAAGAGAUCCAGUUGGUCUUAGAGGGAAAGACGUUAGAAGUCAGAUGAGACUUCACCAGGACUGUCAGGCAAAGCAGUGAGAAAAACGGACCCUUUCAAGACAUAAAUGUACAUAUGCAACAAAGAGCUGGGUAUGUCUCAUUUCCCAUUGAUUAUAAUUGUUUUAAACACUCAUAAAAGGAUUACAAUGGGAUAUAUCAGUUUUUUUUAGCUUCUAUUUCAAUGUUUCACUUUACCAUUGACUGUAGAUGCUGCUUUUUCUGGCAUUUAAGUGGAACAGCAUUUGAUUUGGCAUAAAUCCAUAAACUGUAAGUGACAGUCCAGUUUACUAUAAGCCACUAACAUACUGCUUUUGACCUUUUCUGAGCCGGGUUGAGUUUGUUUAGUGGCCUUUGGGAACUGUAAAGUUAGUGUAUUUUUCAUAGAGGGACUGUUUCAAAGCAUUUUGGUACUAGAAUAUUUAAAUAAUAAUGAUAAUAUUUCAAAUGGCAACAUGAACUCAUUCUGUUAUUUGCAAAUGUUACAUUGAAAUAAAUAGAAGUAUUUUUACAUUAUUUACACACGUUAUUAUGGGCCAUUUCAUAAAAACAAAUUAUUCCUGAUUUUGUGCUCGAAGUGUUUUUAUUCUGAAAUACUCGUUGCUUUACAUAAUAGCUUUCAUUCAAACAUGCUACUUGUACACAUUAGAAAAUGCAUUUAAUCCAAAACACGCACGACUCUUCCUAGUGAUUAUAUCUGAUGUUUAUGUUAGAUCCAGUGGCCACAGUCAAUGGUUUUAUUCAGCUUUAUUCUAUACUUGUGUUAUUUAUUCAUGUACAGUAGCUCUACAUUUAUGAGUUUACUUGGCCUCCAUGUAUGUUUGCAUUUUACCCAAGCUUAUUUUAGUUGUGUAUAUACAAUAUAUAAUAACGAUCAAUAAAAUGAAACAAGGACAUUGUAUGAUUGUAUAUAAGUGUAUAGAUUGAUUUUAGUCUGAGUUUUGCCUGGUUUGUAAUUUUGAUUUCUUUUUCGUUUGAUGCUCUUCCACAUUAAAUAUUGAAUGGGUUAACAUGAGCUGAACUAAAUAAAGAAAACCGUAUACCACA